CCUGGUGGUCUUGAAAACAUUGUCACUUUUAAAAAUCAAAAUAUUUGUAACUCUUCAAAGCUUAUGUAAAAUGGACGGAUUACUUAUUUUAAUUUCCAGUUUAGUGCUACUUCACUUUCUAGUUCCUACAAGAUCCUCUGGCCUGGAACAGACCCCCUGUUUAGUACAAAACCUAGAUGGUACGGCUCCAGUACAUGUCCAAAGACUCUACGAUGCCUACAGAGUUCGGUAUAAGGGAGACGCUGAUGAGGGAGUCGAAGGUGAGGCCAAAGUGACUGAAUCAAAGGAUACUGGGGAAAUUCGAAGGGACAACCGACAUCCUGUGCUGUGGAAGUUUAAGGAUCCUUUGGACAAAGAUAAGCCUCCCUAUGCAGUUCAAAUUAUCCAAUACGAGUCCGUUCCAGUGGAAAAAACAUCCGAUCAUAAGGAUGCAAAGGCUUUUGGUAGUUCUUUGAAGAGUGUCGAGAAAGUUAAGGAGUCCCUUGCCAAAGACAAAAAUUCUACGCAUAAUUCGGGGGUGAAAAGCGAUAGCUCCAAUAAUUCGGGAGUGAAGAGCGAUAGCUCCAAUACCGCACAUGUACCACUUGGAAAAUGCAUACUUGAUUUCUACAAUCGCAACAAAGAAAAGAAACCUGCGAUUGAGAAACCAAUUACCCAAAAGAUUGUGGAUCCAUUUAUUGAUAGCAUCAGGGGUCUGGUUGAAAAGGAAAAGCCUCCUGUAUGCCUACCGGUGGUUAAAUAUGAAAACAACUUGGUCCGUCCUCCAGAUCCGGGGGAAAAAUCAAACAAUAAUCCUGCCCAGGAGAAAGGAAAGAUUAAGGAGCCAUCGUAUAAAGAGAAACCUCCCUUCUCCCUAACCAAAUUCGAUUUCACGGACGACAAGGCCUCGUGUUCCGCAAAAUGCCCCGGCCGACCGCCAAAUCUAAAGGAUAGCAAUGAGAAGUCCUCCCAUUUGAUUGUCCUCAAAUUGGAUGUUCCAGGAAAUUUCCAGGAACACCUCAGGACUUUAGUUCCAGGAACAUCUCAGGAGCGUGAACCGCCCAAGGACUCUGGAGAGCGGCGCAUCCUAGAGCUGAGUCGUAUCUACAAUGAGAUCUUGAAAGCCUGGCAACGACCUAGCCAAAUUUUUCCCCCCAAGAAAUCAAAGCCAGUUAGCACAUCCGGCACCGUAAAGCUCAGCGCCCUCUCAGAUCUCUUGGACGUGAUUGAGCAACUGGAGCAAACGGAUUUGGUUAGCGAACUGGCGGAGAAAAUCGGUGAGAGGUUGGAGCCUAAUCUAGAUAAGAGAAUUUUGCACGAUAGUCAUUUAGUAACGGAAAGUAGAGCUUCGCUGAAAGCCAUCUCCAACAACGAUCUGACAGGACUCUUUGAGAAUAUGGAACCUGGCAGUGCGGUCAUCGCCUUUAAACGGGUCCUAGCCGAUGUAAAGUCAAGGAGCUCCUCGAUCAGAGCUGGCGGGCUUUACGACGAGUACAAAAAGGGCUUUUUUCAGCUUUUCAACGAUCAUAAGUUCCCCAGACAAUCACUUCUGACCACUGAAGCGGAUUACCCCUUGGACAGCGAUUCAAAUGAGAAGAUGAAUGACACAACCCAAUGUCUGGUGGCCGAUAAGAAAGAAGAAAAGGCUCCUUCCAGAAACAUCAACUACCUGAAGGCCCUGGACAACUUUGUCAAACUGAACAGGGAAAGCAACCAGAAUGGAGGCCUGAAGCCUUACUUUUUACCCAACUCCAAGAACCGACAAUUGGUUUGGAACGAGGUGCCACUAAUCAGGCCUGGAUUGGGUGACAGCAAGAAAGGACAGAAACUAAAACCUCCUGAAGCACCGAUUCAAGGAAAAGGUGAUGUCGAAAAUGAGAAGGGGGAUAGGCCUCUCCAACAAAAAGUUACCCAAAAGGAUGAACCUAAAACAGAUGAACAGCUAACGAAGACAGAGAAGCUGGAAAAGCCUGGCCCAAAGCUGGAAAUCAAAUGGGAUGAAGAUGUUGGUACAAAAACCAAAACUGAAUCAGAUGAAUGUUCAUCACAAAGCUCUACUAAAUUACUCGCUAGCAAAAUGAAUCCUUGGCCCGAUCUCUCAUCCAGCAUAGAUCCUGACAAAAUUGUGACUGGAAUGAAAGCCAUUAAACAUUCGAACUUUUUCAACCUGUUCAAUGAGUACGAGAACCAAAUGGACAACCUGCAUCAGGCUCUGAAAACGAAGCAAAGCUGGUGGAAGGAGGUCAUUGAGAAAGCCAAGGUUCCCAAAACAAACACGAAGAGGCAGAGUCUUACACAGGGCGAAAGUGGGCAGAUCCUGCCAGUGCCAUUUCCCGAAGUCCUAGUUAAUCAGGUCACUCCUCCUGUGAGCACCAAUAUGAUCGAUAAUGUGGCCACCCAAAUGAAUUUGUCCCCUUUGGAAGUGGCCCAAAGAAUUGUGGGAAAUAGUCCAAAUGUUGGAGACGCACGUCUAGGAUUUGGGCCAACACGCCUGCAGCCGAUACCGGCAGCAAACCAAAUGUUUGUUCCCAAGGGACUUGAAAUGGUGUUCCCGUCUUCAUCUCCUCAGAUUUGUCAGGCUCAGGGAUGCCAGCAACAGGAUCAGCAGGGGAUGUCGCCAAUUCUGGACAAGAUUCUGGAACGUUUGGAGACGAUUCAGGCCACUAAAUGCAAUCAAUCAGAAGAAGAGGUCAAGAAGCUGUCAUGCUGUUUUGUGGAUCCAGCUGAUGGCUCUCCCUGUGACCUCAAUGGAUCCUGGGAGUCCCCAGUCCUAGGAGUCCGCAUAAACAUACAAACCAAUCAAGUAGAGGCCCCCGUGGAGGAAAAAAAGGGCUGCUUCACUUCAAAAAAGAGGAAAUCCCGAGACAUCCCCGAUAUCCAAAGAUUUCUACGAACUUGCGUCAAGAUAAACACGACGCACAUCAAAAAUGAUUUAAAAAAUCCAACUUUCACAGGAAUUCCGCUGAACAUCAGUGUGCAGGAGACCGUGCCUCCUAGAGUUCACGAGCUGAUGGAUAAUAUAAAGGAUUGGCAAUUUUCGGGGCAUGCCCUCAUGAUCCAGGGUGGACCCGUUUCACUCUCCUUCCGCCAGAUGAAUUCCAGCCUGAUUGGUCAUUUUGUUGGCUAUUGUCGCACUUGCGGCUGUGUGGACACAAUUUUUGGAUCCUGGACCUUCUGCCGUCCAUCUCGGGACUGCCAGGACAUCAGCAUGUCGAUUGUGGACCGACGGGACAUGCUGCGGCGCUACAGCAUGGAUGAGCGGAGGAAGAAUCGCGUCAAGGAGCAGCUCUAUCAUAGGAGCAAGUUUGCCAAAAUGGAAAAGAAACGAGUGCGAGAUGAGCAACAAAUGAUUCAAACACCCUAUUCAGGGAGCAAACUCUAAAAUAUUGUUUUUAUCAUAUUUCUUUUUUUAUAAAAUUUCAUUAU